CGUUCCGCCCCGAGUCUAAUCCAGCUCAGCUCAGCGGCAAGUUAAGAACCCCUAGUGCUGUGCGCUCCAGACUGACCGUCACCUGUGGGUGGGGAGGGGGGGCGAGUGGGUUUGGUUGUCGUCAUGGCGACGGCGUGGGUGGCCACAGCCCUGCGGUCUGCUGCAGCGGCCAGAAGGUUGCACAGCCCAGGAGGUCCUGGGGGCUCAAGGAGACUGAGUGGCAGCGCACGGCGACGCGGGGCGAGGAGCGCCAGCCCGGGACGCCGGCUCAGCACCGCCAGGGCUCACGCAGAGGACGCUGAGGGCGCUAAGGGUCGUGUCCAGUCUCCUGCAGUCGAGGAGCCGUCGUGGACACCUCUUCCAACGCCCCUCGAAUCCCCUGCGCCUCCCGCGGGCAGAUCACUGGUGCAGCGGGACAUCCAGGCCUUCCUGAACCAGUGUGGUGCCAGCCCGGGGGAAGCACGCCACUGGCUCACACAAUUCCAGACCAGCUACCAUUCAGUGGACAAGCCCUUCGCCGUCGUGGAGGUAGAUGAGGAGGUGAUCCGGUGCCCGCAGGCGGUAUCCCGCCUUGCUUUCGCCCUGGCCUUUUUGCAACGCAUGGACAUGAAGCCGCUGGUGGUCCUGGGGUUGCCGGCCCCCACGGCACCUUCAGGCUGUCUUUCCUUCUGGGAAGCUAAGGCGCAGCUUGCUCAGAGCUGCAAGGUGCUGGUGGAUGAACUACGGCAUAACGCGGCUACUGCUGUGCCCUUUUUUGGCGGCGGAUCGGUGCUGAGCGCUGCGGAGCCAGCUCCCCAUGCCAGCUACGGUGGCAUCGUCGCGGUGGAGACAGACCUGUUGCAGUGGUGUCUGGAAUCCAACAGCAUCCCCAUCUUGUGCCCCAUUGGGGAAACGGCUGCGCGCCGUUCCGUGCUCCUUGACUCGCUGGAAGUGACUGCGUCUCUGGCCAAGGCUCUGCAGCCCACCAAAAUCAUCUUCCUCAAUAAUUCAGGCGGCUUGAGGAACAGCAGUCAGAAGAUCCUGAGCAACGUGAACCUGCCCGCCGACCUUGACCUUGUUACCAAUGCCGAGUGGCUGAGCAUCAAAGAGCGGCAGCAGAUUCGGCUCAUCGUGGACGUGCUGAGCCGCCUGCCGCACUACUCCUCCGCAGUCAUUACAGCCGCUAGCACGCUGCUCACGGAACUCUUUAGUAACAAGGGCUGUGGCACCCUGUUUAAAAAUGCUGAGCGGAUGCUGCGAGUGCGCAACCUGGACAGCCUGGACCAGGGCCGCCUAGUGAAUCUAGUCAACGCCAGCUUUGGCAAGAAGCUCCGAGAAGACUAUCUGGAUUCACUGCGCCCUCGGUUGCACUCGAUCUAUGUCUCUGAGGGGUACAACGCGGCAGCCAUUCUGACUGUGGAGCCUGUACUAGGGGGCACCCCAUAUCUGGACAAAUUUGUGGUGAGCUCCAGCCGCCAGGGCCAAGGUUCCGGACAGAUGCUGUGGGAAUGCCUUCGGAGAGACUUGCAAACGUUGUUCUGGCGCUCAAGGGUCACCAACCCCAUCAAUCCUUGGUACUUCAAGCACAGUGACGGUAGCUUCUCCAACAAGCAAUGGAUUUUUUUCUGGUUCGGCCUGGCCGACAUCCGGGACUCCUACGAACUAGUCAAUCAUGCCAAGGGGCUGCCGGACUCUUUCUGCAAGCCGGCUUCUGACCCAGGCAGCUGACCCACCAUCACUGGCCCUGUAAAUCCUGGGACAGCCAGGAUGGACCAAAAGCCAUGCCUGCUGGGGGGUGACCCCAGGCAGCUGAAGAGAAGAAGCUGCAGCAUCCUUGUCUGCCCAGGGGCACCGGAGCAGAACAAGCACGGAGAGCGAAGUCAGCUAAGGACUCUGCUCCAAAGUCAAACCAGAUGGCCUUCAAUGUCCAGCCUGGGAAAUGGGGCUGGGAUUGCCUUCCAGGGCUCUACCUAAGGUAACCUUAAGGGCAGGCCAGUUUCCAUGUCCUCUGUACUAUCUUGAGGCUCUGUUGUCUUACAUAGCAUCUAAGUUUGCCUGAUCUGCCACUCAUUUGGGUUUCAAAAUUCUUCAGGAGGCCUUGAUUAAACUACAAAUGCUUGUCUGA